UGUCUUAUAAGUUAAAACAAAGUCAUUAUAGUCACAAUUUGCAGAUGCCAAAUCCCUCCUCUCAAUAUCACUCCCAUCCAGUCACCAAAUCUCAAUGUCAUCUGUCCACAAAAUCCCCGAUACCGAAGCGGAGCGCCGUUUGCGUGACGCCGAGGAGCGGCUUCGCGAGGCUAUAGAAGAACUUCAACGCCGAGAACGCUCGCGCGCUGAUGGCUCCAAGCCUCCGUGUCAUCACGCGUCUGACGAGUCUUGUGUUGCAAACGCCAUCGGUAAUCUCUGCCAAAGCUUUCUUCUUUCGUACGGCGUGAGAGUUGGGAUUGGAAUUCUACUACGCGCUUUCAAGCUCGCGCGUCGCCAGUCUUAUUCUUCCAUUCUCGAUCUCAAACAACUUGUGUCAGAGAAAGAUUUGAUUGUGCGAGAAGAAGCUUGUAGAAUAGGUUUACUGUUUGGUGGGUUUACUGGAUCUUAUCAUGCGCUUAGGUGUUUGUUGAGAAAGUUCAGAAACAAGGAGACACCGGUUAAUUCAUUUUUAGCAGGUUCAAUUGCUGGUUUGUCGGUUUUAGCUUUAGAUGAUUCGAAUAGGAGACGAACGCUUGCUCUUUAUCUUUUGGCUAGAGUGGCUCAGUGUGCAUAUAAUUCUGCUAAGUCUAAGAACAAGUUUCACUUGUGGGGUAGUUAUUGGAGACAUGGAGACUCCUUGCUCUUUGCUCUAGCCUGUGCCCAGGUUAUGUAUGCCUUUGUCAUGCGUCCUGAGAGCUUGCCAAAAUCAUAUCAAGAGUUUAUACAGAAGACUGGUCCAGUUGCAGCACCUGUUUACAAGGCUGUCAGGGAUAGCUGUCGAGGUGGUCCAUUCGAUGUUGCCUCUCUUUCAGCUUAUUUAUCUAGUAGAAAGAAGUUCAACCCAGUGAAGUUGGAAGAGUUCCCCUCUAUUAUUCCUUGCUCUGUUAUUCAUCCAGACACAGAUUCAUGUCUGACUCACAAUGCUAAUGCAGCAUCAGCUACAUUCAGAAAAACAUUUCCGCUUUACUUUUCCUUGACAUUUGUGCCAUUUGUUGUUCUGCACCUACAGAAGUUCAUGGAUGCUCCUGCUCGUACCUGUUGGCUUGCUCUUAAAGGAGCUGUUCGCUCAACAACAUUCUUGUCUGCAUUUGUUGGAAUGUUUCAGGGAGUCAUAUGUGUGCACAGAAAAGUCGCCUCAAAAGAUCACAAGCUUGUAUAUUGGAUAGCAGGUGCAAUAUCAGCCCUUUCUGUACUACUAGAGAAGAAAGCUAGACGUGGUGAACUUGCUCUAUAUGUUCUUCCAAGAGCAGGAGAUUCAUUAUGGUAUAUUUUAGUAAACCGUCUUCUGAUUCCUGAUGUAAAGAAUGCUGAGGUGGCAUUAUUUUGUGCAUGUAUGGGAGGAAUCAUGUACUACUUAGAAUAUGAGCCGGAUACCAUGGCCCCAUUCCUCAGAGGCCUGAUUCGUCGCUUCCUUGCCAGUCGAAUAAGCAAUCCAACUCCUCCAUCUAAUCGGAGUGCAUCAUACACAUAUUUGCAAACUCUUGAUGCCAUGACGAAACCAAAGUUGCAGGACAGCCGAGAAGCUGAAACUUCUCAGUCCCAGAAAUACAAUCUUGAAUCAAUACCUGGGCUUUAAGUAAACGGUGGCUUACUACAGUGCCACUAGAACUCAGCCCCCCUUAUUCUUUGUCAUUCAUUUUAUAUGUACUAUGUGGCAGAGCAGCUAGGGUCUGCUAAACUUGGGAGAAUCUAACCGAAGGGAAUUGCUAUUUUUUCACAGCUUUGUGUAUUUUUUGCAUUCUCAAUCAAUCAAGGGUUUCUUGAUUCUCAACUCGGUAUAGGUUAUCAUAUAAUGUGUUUUACACAGUGGAGUAGUUUCUUAUUGAAA